AUGAUGCAAGUGCGCUCUAACAAGCAUAAGGUCUCGCAGACGUUAGAAACAAAUUACUGUAGCUGACAACGCGCGCUAUUUUCAAUUAAGACGGACCAAGCUUUUCGAGUCCAAGUACUAACUCAACUUUCAGGAAAAUUUUUUGCAAACGUCAAAUCUUAUAGGGUUUUUUUUAAAUUCUGACAGAGUCAAAUUUUGUGAGUUGGACACAAUUUAGCACAUUGCUUUCGAGUAAAAUCCAGAAAUUUUACAGAAUUGUUGAACCUGAAAACAUAAACGUAAACUAAUUCUACUCGCAAAAGUUAUGGUAAAUGGAAAACCGGAAAUAUCGCGGGCAAAUCGUUUCUAAUCUAACUAGCUAAUUCUCGUUUCUAACCGGACCUAGUUAGAUUGCUACCGAAUCUUGAGUGAAAAUUUCGGAAUUUUCAUACCGGCCGAUCUGGAUAGUUUUGAGACGAAGUGAGUGUCGGAAGUGAUUAGGCACGUUAAUACAAGUAUUUUAAGCGUUCAAACGACAAAAAGUAUCGACGAAUGACUGAAAUUCGCUCAUUUUCAGCACAAACAUCCAUUUUCAGCACAAAACUCAGCACAAACAUCCAUUCCCCCUCAUCCAUUCUCCUCUCUCUCUCUCUUCUCUAAUCGUUAAAAAAUAAAACGUUAAAAAAUAAAAAAUAAAACUUAAAAUCGAUUCAAUUGAUUCAUUUCUGAAUGAAACCUGCUCGUUUAAAGGUCAAAAAAAGCAUGCAUUUUUUCGUUACUUUUUCAAAACGCUAUUUCCGAUGCAAAAUCUUCAAAGUCGGAACGAUUUUCAAUGGUGGAUUUUUGACAAGUUUUCCGCUGCCGAAAUCAUUUUGUAAAAGCGGAAAUAGGCCAAGGCGAUUAUUAUCGAUAGAGGUGACGCUGCGCCUGCGAGACAAUUCGCUUGAGGACUAUGCAAAUGACCGAGAGGGCGCUGGCCAGGGGCCCCGGGGGUCGUGGACGAAAAGUCCCAGUCCCGUGAAACAAUGCCAUAGGUGUAAAUGAGAAUUUCUACAAUAGAAACGUGUCAACACGAAAGUUGGAAAGAAAAAACUUGAAUUUAAAUUAUCAGCAAAACAUCAAAUGUCACUUUUAUUCGUUUUUAAUUGUUGAUAGGAGCUAAAUAGCGAUUUAUAAUCGAGUUUCGCAAGUGAGUGAAGUCAAGGUAUUAGAGGAGGCGUCCCCGUAAAUUUCAGUGGAUGGAAACUACGUUAACCUGGGCGACAUACAGGCGGCCGCUAACAAACCGCACGGCGGAGAGACCUACAUGAAUCUGAAGGAUUUUGGGCCGGCUCCUCCUCCGCCGCCACCUCCGCCACCCGCUCGGACCCCUCCCAAUCCUCUGACGCCGCGCCGACAUCGCCCAGUCACUUCUGCCUCUCCGAGCUAUUUCACGCCGCCCAAGCGCCGUCCAGUGACUCCUCCGCCAGCUCGGACUCCUCGUAACCAUCUGACGCCCCCGCGGAAACAUGAACUGUCUCCAGCUCCGUCUCCAGCUCCCGCUUUGGCCGUUUCACCGAAAAAGCACAAAAAACAUCGUCCGCCACCGUCCCCGUCGCCCGCCCACUCGCAAGUUCAGUCCCAUCCAGAAUCCGUUCCGUCCACCGCCGCGGCCACUCCCAAGUCUUCGGUCGCCUCGACGUUUGGCGAAUCCGCUCCGACGAAGCCGCCGCAUCAUCGGAAAAUGGCGUCGGAGGUGUCGGUGUGGGGCAACGAUUCGGAGCACAAGAAAGAGGCGGCCAACGUGGUUUGCUGGGUACGUCGCAUUGUUCUCGCUCCCUAUGGCUCUUCCAGAUUGGCGGAAUAGCUGGGCAGGAAAGUGGUCUUAGUAGGAUUUUGAAAGUUAUCGACAAUUCCCGGACCAAAUGUUCUAUAAAUUUAUCGACAAGAUUAAUGAGUGCUCAAUGUCAAAUCUUUGCAGAUCCGCGCCAUUCACGGCGUCUUUUUCGUGCUCUUCAUGCUCUGUUUGGCCGCGUGGCUUCUCACCACUCUCGUCAGCCUUCACUACAUCGAAUUAGAGUUUAUCGAGAAUAAAUUUAUGGAACUCGGGGAUGAAUAA